AUGCCGGCAAGAACAUUGAAGCAAACUUUUUAUGAAAACCUCACGGUUUACCCCGAAGCCAGGGUACCUAACAACUAUCGCUCACUUGGGAAAGAAGCCGACGAACAGGUUAAAUGUAUAAUCGUGAUUCCAGAUCCAUUGAUAACGCUGGCCCAUAGUUACCUAUCUCGCAUCACAGCCUCUCCUGCAACAGCGCUCAACUCCCUAGCACUCCCAAUUGACGAUACAAUCAACUUUCAGACGGAAGCCGACGUGCUCAGGGCAAGCUGCCUUGAGCUAUUAUACCCAGUCAACAAGGCCCUUACAGAGGGUCUCGGAAAGGGCGAGCGGGUAUUUUGUGGGGGAGAGCGCACGAUGGAAGGCAGCCGCGUUGACCUGAGAUGGUCAUACCAAGCAAAUGAGAACGCCGAAUCACACGUCUUUGCGGUUCUGGAAUUCAAAAAUACCAGAACUAUUCACCCAAGUGACUUUCGGCCUGCAAAUUCGGAGGGUGAUGAAAUCAAGCGUAAAUUGUAUACGCAGAUGAGACACAAUGCAACAAAUAUAAUGGAACAAAUCAUGAAGUAUCUCAGAGAUUCGAAGGCUCCGUUCCUGGCCGUGUUCGACUGGAACACUAUGGGAAUCUUCGACUUCACGGAGUAUAGACCUCAAUCCCGGACACCUGGCAAUCCAACCUUUACCUCAAUGAGAGAGACCAAAUUUGGGCCCCAUGUCCAUGAAACGCAUCGAUUCCUGCUGCUGGGAUUUCUGGUGAGAGCCCUAGAGUGGCAGAGGGCGCGGUAG